CACCCAAAAGAGAGAGAGAGAGAGAGAGGCAAAAAAUGGCAAAGGCAGUGAGCCAAGACGCGAUAUCAACGAUUUUGGCCAAUCCAUCUCCCGAAUCUUCUUCAGACCUUCCUGAGAUCAUCGUCCAAGUCUUGGAUCUCAAGCUCACCGGCAACCGUUACACGUUUAAUGCAAGUGAUGGGAAGAUGAAACUGAGAGCGAUAUUUCCAUCAAACAUGUCAUCAGAGAUCAUUGCAGGCAGUGUCCAGAGCAAGGGUCUCGUUAAAAUUCUUGAUUAUACACUCAAUGAUAUCCCCAACAAAUCAGAGAAGUACUUGAUUGUGACAAAAUGUGAGGUCGUAUCUUCUGCACUUGAAACAGAAAUCAAAGCUGAAAUCAAAACCGAGGAACCUGACAUUGUUUUAAAGAAGCCAAAGCUUGAACAUGGGAUUAAAAAUGAGGCUAAAACCGAUUUGGCUGGUAUUAUUUUGAAGCCAAAGCAAGAAGUGGUUUCAAAGUCUGCAGCACAAAUAGUACACGAGCAGCGAGAAAAUAUGCCUCCAGUUGCACGGAUGUCAAUGACAAGAAGAGUACAUCCUCUUGUUUCAUUGAAUCCUUACCAAGGGAAUUGGACGAUUAAAGUGCGUCUCACAAGCAAGGGAAACAUGCGUACCUAUAAGAAUGCCAGAGGAGAAGGUUGUGUUUUCAAUGUGGAGUUAACAGAUGAAGAUGGUACACAAAUUCAGGCCACGAUGUUUAAUGAAGCUGCAAGGAAGUUCUAUGAGAAGUUUCAACUGGGGAAAGUCUAUUACAUUUCAAAAGGCACACUAAAAGUUGCUAACAAGCAGUUUAAGACUGUUAAAAAUGAUUAUGAAUUGACUUUGAAUGAGAAUUCUGUGGUGGAAGAGGCUUCUGAUGAAGAAACAUUUGUCCCUGAAGCUAAAUUCAACUUUGUCCCUAUCGAUCAGUUAGGCCCUUAUGUUAAUGGACGGGAGGUUGUUGAUAUUAUCGGAGUUGUUCAAAGUGUCACUGCUGUAUCAAAUAUUAAAAGGAAGAUUGACAAUGAGAAUAUUCCAAAGAGGGAUAUGAUCGUUGCAGAUGAAACGAAGAAGACAGUGGUGGUUUCUUUGUGGAAUGAGCUUGCAAAUGAUGUAGGCCAGAAAUUGUUUGACCUUGCUGAUACAUCUCCAGUAGUAGCAAUUAAAUCACUCAAAGUUAGUGAUUUUCAAGGUGUAUCUUUGUCAACAUUGGGAAAAAGUACAGUGAUAAUUAAUCCAGAUAUUCCUGAAGCAAAGAAGUUGAGAUCUUGGUAUGAUUUGGAAGGGAAAGUGAGUUCCAUGGCCAACAUUGGCAUGGGCUUGAGUCCUUCAUCCAGGACUGGAGCAAUAUCUAUGUAUACUGACAGGGUUUCCCUUUCUCAUAUCACUAGUAAUCCAUCCUUGGGUGAUGAUAAGCCUGCAUUUUUCAGCAUAAAAGCAUUUGUUAGCUUGAUCAAGCCUGAGCAGGCAAUGUGGUACCGUGCUUGCAAAACAUGCAACAAGAAAGUAACUGACGCUGUUGGGUCAGGCUAUUGGUGUGAAGGAUGCCAGAAAAAUGAUGAAGAGUGCAAUUUAAGAUACAUAAUGGUGUCAAAGAUCUCUGAUGCAAGAGGUGAAGCCUGGGUUUCGGCCUUCAAUGAAGUAGCAGAGAACAUUAUUGGAUGCUCAGCUGAGGAACUUGAUGAACUGAAGUCAGAGCAAGGAGAUAUUGAUGGAUACCGACAAAAGCUGAAGGAAGCUACUUGGGUUCCUCAUCUCUUUCGAGUUAGCGUGAGUCAAAAUGAGUAUAACAAUGAGAAAAGGCAAAGGAUAACAGUCAGGGCCGUUGCUCCAAUUAACUUUGCUGAAGAAUCCAAGUUUUUGCUUGAAGAUAUCAAGAAGAUGAGAAAUUCUCACUAGGUUAUCUCAGUUAUGUUUGUAAAUGAUGGAUUAGAUAUCUCUUAUGCUAUUAUGAGCCUAAAUCUUCAAUUAUCUUUAUCUUUA